ACCUACGACUUGUUUUGGUGUAACAUGUGAUUCUUAAGUCCACUGCGAUUUGGCGGAAACUAUUCACUCAGUCGAGUACCGUGACUUGAAGAGAGAGCAUCUUCUUAGCUCCAGAUUUUUUAAGUGAAAUUAUUUAUUGAUCAUUGCCAAGUGUUGGCUUUUGAACUGAAGUUUUGGAAUUCAUUUCUUUUAUAAAUAAGCGUUGUGACUUAUUCUUUCUUGGACUUUGUGGAGAGAAAGUGCCGUGUUGUGUUAUUGAAAAAAAAUCUUUUGAAGAUCGGUGAUGCCAGUUUUUAUAUUGACCAUGCCGUCGGAGGUGGCUCUGGGCAAGUCGAUGCAGCGCGAGCUGGCCGACUCCAUCAUCAGGAUGGUGCCGCUGGAUGAGAUCCGGAUACUGCUGGCUUGUGGUGCUAAGGUAAACGAGCCAGUAACCCAAGGUCUCCGGCCGCUGCACUACGCGAUCUGGCAGCGAUACCUGGAGGCGACCCGGCUGCUCGUCGUGAGAGGGUGCGAUGUCAACGCCAGAGAUGAUUGUGGAUACAGCGCUUUGCAUCUCGCUGCUGAGCACGGCUACACGGAACUAGUAAAGCUACUUCUAGAAAGUGGUGCAGCAGUGGACUACAGGCCUGACACUGGCGAGGAGUUCCCGCGCACCACGCUAUGUGACGAGCCUCUACGGCUGGCCAUCAGGAAUAAACAUUAUGAGGUAGCCCGUCUUCUCCUAGAACACGGGGCAGACCCUAACAAGAGGUACUUCUUCGGCGCCGAGAUCAACCUGGUGUCAGACCCUGAGUACUUGGAGCUGCUGCUCACGUUCGGAGCCAACCCUGACUCCAGGGACCGGGCGGGGUUGACGCCGCUCAUGAAGGCUGCUAGGCAGAGGAAGGGCAUGGAUGCAGUCCUGCUGCUGAUCAGCUUCGGAGCUGACGUGAACGCGAUGGCAGACGCCAGGAACGACUACCGGACUGUCAUGCAUUAUGCUGUUUUAAGUGGUAACCCAGAGGUGGUGAACCUGAUGAUCAAGCAAGGCGCGCGAGUAAACUACGAGUGUCCGGAGCUGAGCAAGCCCAGUCCGUUAGACCUCGCUAUACUGAAGGGAGAUGUCGCUAUGCUGCAGAUGCUGUUGGCUGCUGGAGCUCAAGUGAACGCGUCAAGCUCAGUGAUCGGAUCUCCGCUGCACGUCGCGUGCCCAGACAAUAUUACAAACAGGAAGGAAAUUGUACAAAUUCUUCUAGAAAGCGGCGCAGACCCAAACCUGAAGGUGUACAAUGAUGAAGACGCUACACAGCUGCGUCCAGCUCUGGCGGAGUACCUGGCUAGCAACACGGAGCCUAGUGCUGAGAUUGUUGCUCUGCUACUCAGAUAUGGCGCCAGGGUCAUCAUGAAAACUCAAUUCCGUGACCCGGACGGCAUCUUAAACCAUCUCCAAAACGUGACUUCGGAAGAGUACCAGCAUAUCUUCUACCUUCUUCUAGAAGCAGCCGAAGCCUUCGAUCUUUGCAUGAUAAAGAGAAACAACUCCGUUACUGCGGUACAAAAAGAAACUCUAAUCCAACGUGCUAAGACCCCUAUUUCCUUGCUGGCACAGACCAGGAUAUUUUUAAGGAGAUAUUUUAAAACUACUUUGGUUGAUGUAGUCCAGGACAUAGAAUUACCAAAGAUUCUUCACCAAUAUUUGCUUUUUAACUGUCGUUAAAGCGACAAUUUUGGUAAUUUAAGGUUUUACUUAGGCUGAAGAUGGAAUUCUUUUGCCUCAUCUUUUUUUAAAAAGGUGCUUUUGGUGUUGCCAGUUGAUUUAGUCUCCCAGGUUAAGGGGUGAUUUUGGAUGUUGUUGAGGCCAGUCAAGUGGGUUGAAGAUAAAUGUUCUUUGGUAUUUUAAUGUGUAACUACGUCUCAUAUGACUAGUAUUAUUAUAUUUUGAUAUUAAGUAUAAGAUUGAUCCUAUUUUUGUCCUACUUUGUAUUGAAAUUAUAUUUUUGUUUGUCAAUACAAGGAUCUACCGAGU